AAAAAAGUCUGUUCGUCCCACUGAAUAAAUAAGAGAAGAGUCCCAUCAUCGGUGUCGGUCGCAGUCGCCCACGACCUUCUUCUAGCCGGCCAUCGCUAUCUGGACGUCAGGACUCCGGAAGAGUUUAGCCAGCCAGGGACAUCCCUGAGGAGCUUCAGGGAUGUCCAAGAACCCCGACUUCCUCGAGCAAGUCUCCUCCCUCUUCGGACGAUCGGACGACAUCAUUGUUGGCUGCCAGAGCGGGGGUAGAUCUUUCAUAGCCACCACCGAUCUUCUCGAUGCUGGUUUCACGGCAGUCAAAGAUGUCACCGGUGGCUAUACUGCCUGGGCCCAGAAUGGUCUACCUACACAAGACUGACUGUGAUAUGGCCAGAGUCACUCACCACCACCAUCAUCUUUAAACCAAUCAUGUCUUAUUUUACCUCUUCUCCUUCAAUUAUGUAUAAAUACGAGUGUUGUGUUGAUUGCAUCGAAUUGUCUGUUUACAGAACAACUUGUAUAUAAGAAAUUAACAACAGGAGCAUCUAAUCUAAUCACGUUGUGGAUCCGAUAUUGGCAAA